UCAGUUUGUCACCACCCAGGCUCCCUUGCCUUUGGCUGGGUGCAACUUCCAUUUUAGGUGUUGGAUCUGAGGGGAAAAAAAGAGAGAGGGAGGGAGGGAGAGAGAAAGAAGAGCAGGAAAGACCCUGAAAGGAGGAAGAGGUGGAGAAAAUCAGCUGCCUCCCUGGAUUUGUCUUUCUCAGCACGUUGACGGAGCCUUGGAUUUCUUUCUUAAAGGACUGGUUCUUAGAAGUCCACAUUUGAGGCAAUAGCCCGGGCUGAGCCAGACAGGCUGAAGCCAGGAGCCUGGAACUUGUGCUUCACCCAGCUCUCCCAUCUCUCUCCUUCCUGCUUCCUCCUUGCUGUGGUGGCUGGGAUGCUUCUUCCAUGAUUGUUUUGAAUCUAGACUGGGCUGUUCUCUGUGUUAAAUCAAUCAGUUACGACAUCUUAACAGUAGUCUGAAGUGAGGGAGGCCUCUCCCUCCUUCCUCCUCCCUCUGUGACCCGCCUUCCCUUUUACCCUGCCCCGUGGCGGCUCCUCCCCUUACCUCCAUGGACGACUCGGAGGUGGAGUCGACCGCCAGCAUCUUGGCCUCUGUGAAGGAACAAGAGGCCCAGUUUGAGAAGCUGACCCGGGCGCUGGAGGAGGAGCGGCGCCACGUCUCGGCGCAACUGGAACGCGUCCGGGUCUCGCCACAAGAUGCCAACUCGCUCAUGGCCAACGGCACCCUCACCCGCCGGCAUCAGAACGGCCGGUUUGUGGGCAAUGCUGACCUUGAAAAACAGAAAUUUUCAGAUUUGAAAGUCAACGGACCCCAGGAUCACAGUCACCUUCUUUAUAGCACCAUCCCCAGGAUGCAGGAGCCGGGGCAGAUUGUGGAGACCUAUACAGAGGAGGACCCCGAGGGAGCCAUGUCUGUUGUCUCUGUGGAGACUUCAGAUGAUGGGACCACUCGGCGCACAGAGACCACAGUCAAGAAAGUAGUGAAGACUGUGACGACACGGACUGUACAGCCAGUCCCCAUGGGACCAGAUGGGCUGCCUGUGGAUGCUGCGUCAGUUUCUAACAACUAUAUCCAGACUUUGGGUCGUGACUUCCGCAAGAAUGGCAAUGGGGGCCCUGGUCCCUAUGUGGGGCAAGCAGGCACUGCUACCCUCCCCAGGAACUUCCACUACCCUCCUGAUGGAUAUAGCCGCCACUAUGAAGAUGGGUAUCCAGGUGGUGGUGACAACUAUGGCAGUCUGUCCCGGGUGACCCGCGUUGAGGAGCGGUAUAGGCCCAGCAUGGAAGGCUACCGGGCACCUAGUAGACAGGAUGUUUAUGGGCCCCAGCCCCAGGUUCGGGUGGGUGGGAGCAGUGUGGAUCUGCAUCGCUUUCACCCAGAACCUUAUGGGCUAGAGGAUGACCAGCGAAGCAUGGGUUAUGAUGACCUGGAUUAUGGCCUGAUGUCUGAUUAUGGCACAGCCCGUCGGACUGCGACACCCUCUGACCCUCGCCGACGCCUCAGGAGCUAUGAGGACAUGAUUGGUGAGGAGGUGCCUUCGGAUCAGUACUAUUGGGCUCCUUUGGCCCAGCACGAGCGAGGAAGCUUAGCAAGCUUGGAUAGCCUGCGUAAGGGAGGGCCCCCUCCUCCCAACUGGAGACAGCCAGAGCUGCCAGAGGUGAUUGCCAUGCUGGGAUUCCGCUUGGAUGCUGUCAAAUCCAAUGCAGCUGCAUACUUGCAACACUUGUGUUACCGCAACGACAAGGUGAAGACCGACGUGCGGAAGCUCAAGGGCAUCCCAGUACUGGUGGGAUUGUUAGACCACCCAAAAAAGGAAGUACACCUUGGAGCCUGUGGAGCGCUAAAAAAUAUCUCUUUUGGGCGUGACCAAGAUAACAAAAUUGCCAUAAAAAACUGUGAUGGUGUUCCUGCCCUUGUGCGGCUGCUGCGAAAGGCUCGUGAUAUGGACCUCACUGAAGUCAUUACUGGAACCCUGUGGAAUCUCUCAUCCCAUGACUCAAUCAAAAUGGAGAUUGUGGACCAUGCAUUGCACGCCUUGACAGAUGAAGUAAUCAUUCCACAUUCUGGUUGGGAAAGGGAACCUAAUGAAGAUUGUAAGCCACGCCAUAUUGAGUGGGAGUCGGUGCUCACCAACACAGCUGGGUGCCUUAGGAAUGUAAGCUCAGAGAGGAGUGAAGCUCGCCGGAAACUUCGGGAAUGUGAUGGCUUAGUUGAUGCCCUCGUUUUCAUUGUUCAGGCUGAGAUUGGACAGAAGGAUUCAGACAGCAAGCUUGUGGAGAAUUGUGUUUGCCUGCUUCGGAACUUAUCAUAUCAAGUUCACCGGGAGAUCCCACAGGCAGAGCGUUACCAAGAGGCGCCUCCCAGUGUUGCCAACAAUACUGGGCCACAUGCUGCCAGUUGCUUUGGGGCCAAGAAGGGCAAAGAUGAGUGGUUCUCCAGAGGGAAGAAACCCACAGAGGAUCCAGUAAAUGAUACAGUGGAUUUCCCUAAAAGAACUAGUCCUGCUCGAGGCUAUGAACUCUUAUUUCAGCCAGAGGUGGUUCGGAUAUAUAUCUCCCUCCUCAAGGAAAGCAAGACUCCUGCCAUUUUAGAAGCCUCAGCUGGAGCUAUCCAGAACUUGUGUGCUGGGCGCUGGACGUAUGGUCGAUACAUCCGCUCUGCCCUGCGUCAAGAAAAGGCUCUUUCUGCCAUAGCUGACCUCCUGACCAGUGAACACGAGCGUGUAGUGAAAGCUGCAUCUGGAGCACUGAGGAAUCUGGCUGUGGAUGCCCGCAACAAAGAAUUGAUUGGUAAACAUGCUAUUCCUAACUUGGUGAAGAAUCUGCCCGGGGGACAGCAGAACUCCUCUUGGAAUUUCUCUGAGGACACUGUGGUCUCUAUUUUGAACACCAUCAAUGAGGUUAUUGCCGAGAACUUGGAGGCUGCCAAAAAGCUUCGAGAGACACAGGGUAUUGAGAAGCUGGUGUUGAUCAACAAAUCAGGGAAUCGUUCAGAAAAGGAAGUUCGAGCCGCAGCACUUGUAUUACAGACAAUCUGGGGGUAUAAAGAACUGCGGAAGCCACUGGAGAAAGAAGGAUGGAAGAAAUCAGACUUCCAGGUGAAUCUAAACAAUGCUUCCCGAAGCCAGAGCAGUCAUUCAUAUGAUGAUAGCACUCUCCCUCUCAUUGACCGCAACCAAAAAGCAGAUAAGAAACCAGAUCGGGAAGAGAUUCAAAUGAGCAGUAUGGGAUCUAACACAAAAUUACUAGAUAACAAUUAUUCCACACUUAAUGAGAGAGGGGACCACAACAGAACACUGGAUCGAUCCGGGGAUCUAGGUGAUAUGGAGCCAUUGAAGGGAGCACCAUUGAUGCAGGACGAGGGACGGGAAUCUCUGGAGGAAGAGUUGGAUGUGUUGGUUUUGGAUGAUGAGGGGCACCAAGUGUCUUACCCCUCCAUGCAGAAGAUUUAGCACCACCAUCUCCGCUCCAUCUGGGCUUAUAAUAUAUGUACUUUUAUUUUUUGGUGGUGAAAUGGACUGAUGAUUUUUUUCCUUUCUUCGCUGGACUAUUGUGCCAACUGCCAGGCUGCCUCCUGCUCUUAUAGCCCUAAGUGGCUGCCUUCUUUAUAUCAACUCCCAACUUCUUCCAGUGAAGUUUAAAUGUCCUACCCACCUCCGCCCCCAUUCCCUCCAGUUUCUCCCAAGAAGCUUGACUCAGUUAUUUGCAUAUUUUGAGAAACUGCUGCAGAUUAGCUCUUUUUGCCAACUCUCCCUUGAACUCUUGGCCGUGUGUAGAGGAGGGAGAGAGUGGGAAUCUUCUUCACUGGAAGCCAUGGGAAGAAUUGGAACUUAUAUGCAAUAUAUGCAGUGUUGAGCAAUCUGACAAACUGAUGGUUCUUAAUCAAGAUUUUUUUCCCCUGGUGGGGAAGGGACUUUUUAUUUCCUUUUGGAGACUGGGAAGUAUGAGUUCUUCCUUUACUCCUAAUGGCUAUUUUUGAAGCAAAGAAGGCUGGCAACAUUGGCACAUUCCACCUGGCAAGGGCCCUUGAGUAAGUGAAGGUCUUCUAGAACUGGGAUUAAGAAUUCUUGCUCUCCUCACCUAUGGGGCAGGGACCAUCAAAGACCUACAGACUCCAUCUCUUCUACAAGCCUCAUGUCAACUUUGGGCUGCAGCCGCUGAGGCUAUCCUUAGCCCUCCUCUCCCGCGUUGUGAUAUGUCUGCUGACUUGGCCUGGCCGUUUGCAAGAAACUGUUUAAAGAGGAGAAUGUCAAGGAAGACUUUUGGUUGAGAAGGAGCAGAAAGAUGUCUUUUGGAAAGAAGAGGAGCCUCUAGGAGGAGCUAGUAGGAAUGUACAUGAAGUGGUUAGUCUGAAACUGGCAGGAAGCUUCAAAGCUGGCUUCCCCCUCUCCAUUUCUCCUUGUCCUCCCCUUUCAUCCCCUGCCUCCUCCCUGGAUUGGUUGGCCAACUAAGGACUUGAUGUAUAUAACUCCUGUCCCCUUUACCCUUAUAAUGUGGGGAUUGCCCCUGGCUUUGCCUCUUCUUUGUGCCUUUGGCCUGGGGUGUAUCUCCUCCCUCCCUUCCAUGUGCCUUUCUUUACCUCUGCAGUCUCAUUUCUCAUGAUUUUGCAAAUUCUAUUUUGUUGCUUUCUUGCCCACUAUUGGCCCUCAGUAAUAGAAAGAAGAGGAGAGGUGACCUAGAGAACCUCAGAUUCUCAGUUGGGGAUUGGCGUAGCUUUUGAGUUUAGCCAUAGCAAGCUUUUGCUCAACAGCAUCAGGUUGGGGUUUUGCAAAAAUCCCAUUCUGAUAAAUCUCAAAGUGGAAUUAAUGGGAGGAAUGCGUGGUGUGACUCUUGUUCUUUAGUUGCCCACAAUUUCCCAUCAUCUCUGAAGGGGUCGUAGGGAAGUCAUCUUUCCCGAUUUCCUCCUUCUUGCUAAUAUUGCACCCUCUUGCUUUAGUGUGUAUUAGCAGAUUGGGUUAGAGGAAUCAGCUGCUAUGCGGGUUAAUUUUUUUUUUUUUUUUGAUCCUUUUCCUUAUUUGCCUUCUACUCCCCUUAAUCUGAAAGCUCUGUUCAAUGCAACUGGAAUUCUUUAUCCCUCUUUUCCCCUUCCCUUAUGUAUUGAGGCUAUGGGGUAGGAGAAAAGUGCACAAUUCACCCCCCUUCCCCAUAUGUUAAAACUCCUUAUUUGCCUCUCCCCCUCCCAUUUCUUCCUAUUCCCUUCUACCUUAUGUUAUCCGUGAUCCCCGGAGCACACUGCACAGGGGAAGUUGCCCCAUCCCCACCUGACUCGACUCUUGGUUUCUCUUGCCCUCCUCUGCUUUUUUCCUGGUGCUCUCUUUUCGGUGGGAUGUGGGUAAUAGAACAGCCAUGGGCUUUUGGGGACCUUUAACUGUUUUUUUUUUCCUUCUCUCAUUUAUAAAAACACUAAACAUUCAAUUCCAGAGAACCAAAAAUCCCACCUUCUCACCGAACACUACUAAGGGGCAUGCCUUCUGCUCCAUAUCUUUUCUCAUUUUCUUUCUUUCUUGUUAAUGCUUUUAAAAACAAAUGAGUUUUUUAUAUAAAUAAAGUUUUUAAAGUGUGUA